AUGUGUGGUGUUGGGGUGUGUUUGCGGUGGUGGUGCAGUGGUGGUGGUGCACUUGUGGAUGAAGAAGACGCAUCGAGCAGCGCGCAGCGAGGACACUGUCAGUCACAGGGAACAGCCGAGGGAAUCGGGCAAGACAGAUGGGUUCGUGAACUCCUUGUUGAAGCACUGCAGAAUCGAGGUCCAGAUGCACACGCCACACAAUCCAUGUCCCUUGGGAAUGAUGAUGUACCGCAAAGCGUGCGAGUUACAAUGGCUGCAGCAGUCCUGAACAUGCGCGGAAAACUCACGUCACAGCCUUACACUGGCGAAGCACACACAGCCACAUCAGCUGCGCACCGCCCGAGUGCACAGCAGCGGGCAACGGCGUCCCCUUCAUCACGAUUUGUUCUGCUGUUCAAUGGCGAAAUCUAUGAGGGCCUCCCAGGGCUCGGUGCCGAUGAUAACGACACGCAGGCGCUGUAUCGGGCACUGGAGCAAGCGGUACCAGCAGCAGGCGAAGGCGGUGAGACCAACGACUCGAAUGCCGCCCACGUGAGCGGUGUUCUGCGAACACUGGAGCGAUUGCGCGGGCCCUGGGCGAUCGUGCUCUUGGACACGGUGAAGAGGGAGCUGUGGUUUGGACGGGACUACUUUGGGCGCCGAUCACUGGUGUGCGGCAGUGGCGCAGAGGGCAAGCUGUUCAUAACCAGCACGUGUACUCCACGGUUGCGUGAUCAUGCACCAACGUGGUUUGAGAUACCGGCAACUGGCGUCUUCCGUAUUCGCCUCGCAGCGCUGACAGAAGCGUCCACGGCUAAUGAGCCAGCUCACGUUGCUCGUGGUCACGAUGACAAUGCUGAGGCUGGCGAUGGUGAUGAUGAUGAUGCUGAUGAUGCUGAUGAUGACGAUGGCGACGACGAUGGCGACAACCGUGGUGGCGGCGACACUGACGGUGAAGGUGGCCGCACUCGCCUUCCCACUGUCGACUGGUUUCCCUGGAGUGAUGCUGGAAUGACGCUUGUAUCCACAACAGCUUCACCACCGCUAACAUCAUCACCACCACGCACGUCGUCGCCAUCCUCCUCAUCAUCAUCACAUACAGCAGCAGACACACCACCUUAUCCUCGCCUCUGCUUCCACCCGCCAUCGUUGACUCUCUUGCACAAUCGCGUCCCAGGAGGCGCUGGUAUCCAUAUGCAUCUUGCUGCCUCGGGUGCUUCUUCCUCGUUGCCUUCCUCUUCAUCAAUUUCGCCUCCUCCAAGCAUUCACCUUGACGAGACGUCGCGGAGCAUGCAGCUGACGCCGUGCGUGCAGGCACCAAAUGUGACGCUGCCACCACACCCGCAGCAGCCGGCCCCGCAAUCGGACCAACCUUCCGCAACAUCUCCAGCAUCCACACCGUCACGGCCGUCGUCCCUCGCGUCGCACAUCUGUGCGUGUGGUGGAGAGCAGCACGUGGGGGCGUUUCUAGACAGAUUGCGUCAUGCCGUGGACUUGCGAUCGCGCGCAUUUCACAGCGCCGACCACCCACAGCAGAGCAUCGGCAUUCUCUUCUCCGGUGGAAUCGAUUGCAUGAUGAUUGCGACUCUGCUCGACGAGCUGCUGCCACGGGAAACAGCGAUUGACCUGAUCAACGUCGCAUUUGAGAACACGCGCAGGAAGACGGCCCAUGCCCACGACAUCUUCAGUGUUCCUGAUCGGGUCACGGGCAUCAGCAGUUAUGAGGAGCUUGUUCGCAUUUCAAACGCGAAAUGCCCACAGCCCCGCACCAUCCGUUUCAUCAAAGUCAACGUAACGCAAUCGGAACUCGAGCAGCACAGGCCCCAUAUCCACUCGCUCGUGUCACCGCUGGAGACUGUGCUGGACGACAGCAUUGGCUGCGCCAUUUGGUUUGCGGCGCGAGGGCGAGGGAUCCUCCAUUCAUCACCGCGCACGCUCCCCGGCAAUGACAGUAGUGUGCUGCUGCUUGGGAUGGGGGCAGACGAACAGCUGGGCGGAUACGGGCGCCACCGUUCCGCUUUCGACAAACGUGGAUGGACAGGUGCACUACAGGAGGUGUUUCAGGACGUGCGACGAAUUUCUUCUCGAAACCUGGGGCGCGAUGACAGGGUUGUGUGCGAUCACGGAAAAGAAGGGCGAUAUCCGUUUCUGGAUGAAAGCGUCGUGUCGUUCCUCAAUUCACUGCCGCUGGCAUGCAAGAUGGAUUUCACACGCGGACGCGGUGACGGCGAGAAGCGGCUGUUGCGUCUUGCUGCCGCGGAGAUUGGCAUUUCAGGGGCAGCCUCCCUCCCAAAACGCGCAAUUCAGUUUGGGUCACGCAUUGCAAAGAUGUACGACAGCCGAAACGAAGCCGGGGCCAAGUACACGCGCAAGGGCAAUGGUGGUGACGGCAAGGAGGAGGAGGAGAAGAAGAAGAAGGGAAAGUGA